AGUGCGGCAAUCGCAGGUGCUCUGUGUCCCUCGGAUACAGCGGAUCACGGAAAGAGCCGAAGAUGUCGGCUCAGUCAUUGCCACCUGUCAGUGCCCAUCAGUGCCAGCAGUCAGUGCUCAUCGAUGCCACAUGCCAGUGCCCAUCAGUGCCACAUCAAUGCCACAUAUCAGUGCCCAUCUGAGCUGCCUUUCAAUGUCACCCAUCAGUGCCGGUCAGUGCCACCUAUCAAUGCCAAUCAGUGCCACCUAUCA